AUGUCUGACCAUAUCUUCUAUAUUUACUCAAACCUGUCCUCUGUUCCCUGGGAGGGCAGUGCAACAGCAGCAGUUGCUCCCGGUUCUCCUCCUACACCUGGUCUCUACCAUGUCCUCUAUCGAGGGUGUGGAGAAAAGCAGUUGGGCCGGCAUGUGGAGACAUACUGCCUGGUUGGUGGUUACCGGGUCUACGGAGAUGUACCUCUGGCCACGCCAGCAAAUGUGGAAGCAGAGAAGCCAGUUGCCAGACGUGCUCCCAAGGGAAAGCACACUCCAAAAAGAAACUAUCUCUUCCCCCACACCAGCCCCCAUGGCCCAGUACCGGGAAACCGGGAGCCCAGAGCACUUGUGGCCACAGAGACACUCGCACGCAGCCCUCGGGGUGGGCGGGGCCGGCUGCAGGCAGAUGGGGACGAGGUGUGCUCCCGGGAGGCCUCAGGCUGA